AACUGAGGAUGGAGACCAGGGAGGACAAAUCCCCACAGCAGAACCUCGUGGAAGAGAAGCCCUACAAGUGCUUGGAGUGUGGGAAGAGCUUCAGGCAGAGCUCUUACCUGAUCCAGCACCAGAUGAUCCACACUGGGGAAUGGCCCUACGAGUGUGGGGAAUGUGGGAAGGGCUUCAGCUGCAGAUCCAAGCUCCUCACCCACCAACACAUCCACACUGGGGAGAGGCCCUACGAGUGUCCUGAGUGUCAGAAGAGGUUUCGGAGCAGCUCCCAUCUCCUCCAGCACCAGCAGAUUCACAUGGAUGAGAGGCCCUUCCGCUGCCCCGACUGCGGGAAGGGCUUCAAGCACAACUCCACGCUCAUCAGGCACCGGCGCAUCCACACUGGGGAGAGGCCCUACGAGUGCACCCAGUGUGGGAAGAGGUUUCAGACCAGCUCCGUUCUCUGCCUGCAUGAGCGCAUUCACACGGAUGAGAGGCCCUUCUGCUGCCCUGAGUGCGGGAAGAGCUUCAAGCAAAAUGCCCACCUCAUCACCCACCGGCGCAUCCACACUGGGGAGAGGCCCUACGAGUGUCCCCAGUGUGGGAAGAGGUUUCACACUAGCUCCAGUCUCCUCCUGCAUGAGCGGAUCCACACGGAUGAGAGGCCCUUCCGCUGCCCUGACUGUGGGGAGGGCUUCAACCGCAACUCCACCCUCAUCAGGCACCGGCGCAUCCACACUGGGGAGAGGCCCUACGAGUGUCCCCAGUGUGGGAAGAGCUUCACCCAGAGCUCUCACUUGACCAGACACCAACAGAUGCACUGGUAAGGGAAGCCCUGCAGAUGCCCCCACUGCAGUGCUCUUCAUGCACUGCUCCAGCUUCAUCCCCUAUUGGAGGUCCCACGUUGGGAAGAGCCCUGGUUUUCCGUGUUCCCCAUGAUCCAUGCUGGGAAGACACCUGUACCUUUUCCUGCCCCUGCCAGUGACAUGAUGUGGGAUUGAAGAACAUGAGGGUCUGGCCGUGGCCGUGACAUUACAUUCUCUCCCACCUCAGGUCAUUGCCAGGGGCAGGUAAGGGACUCUCUCUCUCCCUGAGGAGAAGGGUGUCCUUUCCAGGCAGGAGGAAAUACAUGGGCAGGAAGAGCCAGCCGUUGAUGUUGUGGUUUUCCCUUUAAGUUGAUUUUCUUAUUCCUUCUGUUAUCAAUAU